CUUUGUAGGUAAUUUGCACAAAGCCCUCGCAAUUGGCAACGAAAUGCUGGAAAUAAACCCUCAACAGAAGAACGUUUUGAAAGCCAUUAAACAAAUUAAAGACGAUAUUAAAAAGUCGACAUCAAGCAUGAAGCAAAAAGCAGAGUCUAAACAAGCCAAAAAGACAGCAAUCCAAAAGACUGACGAAGAACUAAUGAUUGAGGAAAUAUGCCGUGAAGCCACAAACAGCCAACAGACGAAGCAAAUCCAUAACGCCCAAAUGGUGUCAUCAGUCUCAGCUUCAACACCAACAACACCCACCCUACCACAAUGCUCUCUGAUGACCAACAAUUUGAAAUGGUUGAUGCUGCAGCCCCUAAAGGUGGAAAUCCUUAGUGUGGAUCCAUUCAUUGUCAUCUACCAUCAGACAUUGCACAGCAAGCAAAUGGAGCAAUUGAAGGAGUUCAUUGUGGAAAAGGACGAUGAUGCGGUGGAAGAAGGCUCACUGCAGCUGACCAAAAUCGGCGAAAAGAAAAUGCGUCAAAUUAAUGAAAAAUUACAUUUUGUCACUGGCCAUGGACGUGAGGCUUUCCAAGGUCUGCGCUGGCAAUGGAAUCGUUACAAUUUUGAAAAAAUUAUGGAAGUGGAUAUGACUACAGUGUCCAGUGUGUACAGGCAAGCGGGAAUGUUAUUCAAUCUCCAACAACCUUUGCUGGGUGGCUCAGUGAUAUUCCCCCAAUUGCAGUUGAGCAUUAAUCUGCCCCAGGGAUCGCUGCUUUAUUGGUCUACCCUAAACGAAUUUGCCGCACAAGACUAUCGAUCUAUAUACCACAUCUGCCCCGUUAUAGGGGGUUCACAAAUAACGGCAACCACCUACAUUAAGGCGCAGCAGCAAAGGCAGCAACAGCAAUAA